AUGGAGAAUUUGGCAUCCUAUCAUUCGAUCGAUAAAGUAGUAGCAGGUGAGGAUCGUGUUAACUUUAUCUAUCAAUAUGUAAAGGAUAGCGAUGGCUGGGUUAAAGAGUAUAACUAUAUGAAUACUCCGAGCAUAAUGAAAACUUAUGAAAGGAUAAUCGGACCACCUAUCAAUUUUCCUAAUUAUGGAGAUUUUUUAAGUACAUUUGUCAUGAGAACCAAUGGUUUCGACAUCUCGACAUCUCCAUGGCAGUCGAAACCUAUAACAAGUUCAUAUGACAAUCCACCACCGCCACCAUCACCACCACCACCAUCACUACCACAAGAUGAUAGCCACAUGUAUUGUAAUUAUCUUGAUCUCGAGUUUCAUGAAGCCGUAUAUCCAGUCAGAGUCUCUAUAUAUGAAGUAUAUAAUCCUGGGUAUGUAACCAAAAUUUGGGCUCAAGGUAAACAACAGUAUCCAGAUGACAUAACUCUCACUAAGAAGAAAGAGUGGGAGAACAAUCAAUGGUUUCUAUUAUGGAGUGGACCACCUCAGAAUGCAGUUCCUUUGACAUCGCGGAUAUUUUCGCCGCCUUUAAAGUUCUGUGACUUUAAAACGAAAAUACUCAGACUACAAUUUAUGUACAGCCACUGGGACUAUUCCACACACCUAGAUGCUGUGGAGCUAAUUGGCACAUCAGAAUUAGUCCUACCUAAAAGUCCUAUACUGAAUUUGACUAAUCUGUUAAAAAGUAUUAAUUGCAAGUAUCCUUGCCAUGGGGACAGCCAUAAUUUAACACCUGGAUAUAGUCAUGAUCAUGAUGCUGCACACUUGGAUAUAAUUCAUCUGCAAAAAAAUUUCUCAAAAUAUUGCGUUAUUUGUAAAAGCAAUACAGCAAAGAGUUUUAACAAGAGCAAGUUCGGGCACAAGCAAAUGUCACAGGAAAUAGAUGUAGUGGCAUGUUCUGAGCAGAUAUAUAGGAAUCCAUUUAUUAAGAGAGGCAUUUUAAGGAACCAUUUCUUACGACAUCAUACAAAUUAUGCAAAGUUAAUAAAAGAUAUCGAACUCUAUUCGAAUGAAUCCAAAGAACAAUCAUGUAGCAGUUUUUCUACGCUUUCUGAUGAAAUAGUACUAAUAAUAUUAAAAAACUUGGAUAUAAGGUCGUUGUGCCGUUUGAGCCAAAUAAAUAAACGCUUCAAUAUUUUAACACGAGAUCCUCUUCUCUUUAAAUGUUUAAAUUUACGAAAUUUGCGCUAUACGAAUUCUAUUUGUAUUCACAAUGUUUUAUUUUACUUUGCAUUUAGAUGUAAAUAUUUACAACAAUUAGAUCUUACAUCAAGCAACAUUUCUGUUAAGCACUUCAAAAAAUUUGUCAACAUUUGUGGCAAGGGUUUAACGCACUUACGAUUAAGUAACUGCCAAUUUGUUAACAACUCGGUUCUUUUAAAAAUUUCCAUAACAUGCAAAAUGUUGAAAGUAUUGGAUCUCAGUUUUUCUGAUCAUUCAAAAUACCAACCAUUAGAAUUUUUGUGUCUCGAAAAUCUAGAAUUUUUAGAGGGUUUAAACCUUAGAGGGAUAGAUAUAGCAACUGAAACUCUUUGCAAAAUAUUGCAAAAAAAUCGCCGGAUGCGUAACUUAAAUUUGAGCACAUUUAGCGGCCGAUCACCAUCAACGUCUUACGAAGAUCGAGAUGCAGUUGCAAUACAAUUGGGAAAUUCGUGUCCAGACUUGGAAAUAAUAGAUUUAACGGGCUGUGGUAUUACCUCGCGAGGUAUUAAGGCCUUCGCUGAGUGCAAGAAUUUACGAAAACUGAACAUUUCAUACACUAAUUAUUUUGGCGGAACCGAUCAGCUUAGUUUACGUAGAUUGUUUUCCUCUUGUCAACUCCUGGAAGAAGUCAAUUUGUUGGGUCUUAAUGGCAACUUCGGCGAACCACUGAUGCUGUGUAAAAACUUAAAACACUUAUACUUGGAUGUACCUACCGAGGACGCCAAUAACUUCGCAAUUUUCGAGCAAUGUCCUAAAUUGCAAACGAUCUUCUUUUCGGACAAUGGCCCUUUCAUUGCCCAGGCAAAAGAAAAAUACCCACAUUGGAUAUGGACUUGAUGGACUGGUGGGAUCCAAGGCGUGUUUAAAACUCGCGCCCUUUUUGAACGCGCAAUGGUGGGGACU